UACGUUCAUCCUCAUGAACGUGUCGCCAAUUUUAAAAUGAGUGUAGGCGGCGAUAUUGAACGGUGAUUUUUUGCCACCGUAGGUCCCACCAGGUGCAAACUGCAAACGCCGGUGUGGCCGCAUUACGGGCUUGUCUGCAAGUAUAGAAACAUUCUGUUCAGUGUACGUUCAGAAAAUAUAAUAAUUACGCGCCCGCCGAAUGUAGCUCAUCGAGCGCAUAACAAUCGUUGAGCAUGUCCCGGAGUAUUCGGUGAGUGAACGCCAUAUUAUGAACCGAAUAGCUUUCUCGGACGAUCGCUUUUCCUUCAACGUACGUUGGCGUUUACUCGGUUGCACGAUCGCACGAUUUUCCAAAUAUGUAACGCAAAUGUAACGAGGCUCACGAGGGUUAAGAAUUGCGACCUGUCAUUCGGACUCCGUCUCGUGUACGCUGCCAAGUUGACGUCCUGCCUGGGAAGAGCGGUUAGGCCUCAAAGUAUACACAUACAUAUACACACGCAUUUUGCGUUCGCAUUUGCCGUACAAGUGCUCAAGUGUAACUAACGGGAACGUGGAGCGAUAAAUUUUUUAGAAGAAUUGAGGAUAGACGUAAUUGGAGCGAGCAGGAUCAUAAUGUUGAAUGCGAUUCCCACGGAGGCGCCAAGGUUUGAAUUGACGGAAGUAUUGUUGUUUAACACGAGGAAGUGUCGAUAAAGGUAUUAUAGAUAAGAGAGGAGAAGGGGAAAGAAAUAUGACAAUUACGUAAAAGUAUAUCAACAAAAGUGUUAACAUGCCAAGUCGCAAGCUCGCCGGAGGGCGAGACUUGCGUGCAUUGUGAUGCCUGUUAACGUUCGGUUAACGUCAGUAAAUCGUGAUGUUCCGCGUCGACGUCAUGCAUUACACAUGUUGUAAUACGAAACGUCAAAGUUUGUGUUCAGUUCUGCCGUUUUAACGCGCAUGAUAGGGAUCUCGGAUGCCGAUGAUCAUGGCGCAGGAGAAUGAGGAGUAUCCGCUUCACAGAUGUAUAUUUCAAGGGGACGUGAAGACGCUGAAGAUCUUGAUUGGUACACAUGAUAUUGCUGAAAAGGAUAAACAAGGAAACACACCUUUGCAUUUAGCUGUGAUGUUAGGAAGAAAAGCAUGUGUUCAAUUAUUGCUUACACACGGGGCACCUGUAAAGGUAAAGAAUCUAGCUGGUUGGAGUCCAUUGGCCGAAGCAAUUAGUUACGGAGAUAGAAUAACCAUAUCAUCUUUAGUACGUAAAUUGAAGCAACAAGCAAGAGAGCAAAUGGAAGAAAGAAGGCCGAAUUUAGUAGCUGCGUUGCAUCAAAUGGGUGAUUUUUAUAUGGAAUUAAAGUGGGAUUUUCAAAGUUGGGUACCUCUAGUCUCGAGAGUGUUGCCGUCAGAUAUAUGUAAGAUCCACAAAAGUGGAGCUUCAAUUAGGAUGGAUACGACUCUUGUAGAUUUUAAUGAUAUGAGGUGGGAGAGGGGUGACAUAUCUUUCAUCUUUAAUGGUGACCAAAAGCCUAGCCAUUCAUUGACUGUCCUCGACAAUAAAGCCAAACUUUUCCAAAGAGUGAGAUAUGAGGAAACAGAGCUUGAAAUAGAGGAUGAAGUUGAUAUUCUUAUGUCUAGUGAUAUUAUGGUAGCGCAAAUGUCUACUAAAAGUAUCACAUUUUCUAGAGCGCAGACAGGAUGGAUUUUUAGAGAGGACAAAAGGGAAAUGGUAGGCGCUUUUCACGCUGAUUUUUAUCAAAUCAAUGGUAUGGUAUUAGAAAGUAGAAAACGUCGUGAGCAUUUAAGCGAGGAAGAUCUUCAAAAAAAUAAAGCCAUUAUGGAAUCCCUUACUAAAGGCAGUUCUCAAGGAUUUAAAAAUGGCGAGCCUCCUGUGAGAAGAGCAUCGUUGAAUCCGCCACCGAAAUCGAAUAUAACCUGGGAUGAAUACGUCGUCGCUCCACCUGGUCAGUGUCCACUUCUAGGAAGAAAUCUCGUUUAUAAGGAAAGUAGUAAAUCUUUCAAAGCUACUGUGGCAAUGAGUCCAGAUUUUCCCCUUACCGUCGAUAUGCUACUCAAUGUUUUGGAAGUGAUCACGCCGUUUAAGCAUUUAAGCAAGCUACGCCAAUUCGUACUUAUGAAGUUGCCCCCUGGAUUCCCAGUUAAGAUUGACAUACCGAUUUUGCCUACAGUCACUGCUAAAAUAACUUUUCAAGAAUUUGCCUUCCGAAAUGAUAUAGAUCCAGAAUUGUUUCAAGUGCCAUCAGACUACUUCGAAGACCCAAUGAGAAAUUACGAUUUCCUGACUUAUGACGCUUCGACAUCCUAAUAUUAAUCAAGAUCCAGCCUAGUUGGGGUCUGUUUUCUUCUAUGCUAGGAGACAAUCUGGCUUUCGUGAUUUCAGGCAGUCUGGGAAACAUCUACGCGAGCCAUUAUGUUGUUCAUUGAAUAACUUGUCAUCUUUUGAUCACACCUAACAGCGAAUCAUAUAUGUCGAAUCAUACAUGUUCGAUAAGGAAGUAAAACUAUAGAAGACAAAUCUGCACUAAAUUCAGAGAAACUUGCAUACUAUUUAAUACCUAACUCGAUCAAUCACGUUUGUCUACUUAAUUUGCGAAGCAUAUAUGUAUAGAGAUAAAAAGAUCAUUCGUAUGUUGUGCUGCACUUGAAAAAGUAUAUACUAUUAUACAUACAAUGAGUGAUAUAAUCUGAUAUUUCAAAACAUCACGUUUGGAAUUUCCACCUCUUGACUCUUUGUGAAUUAAAUUAAUUUUUUACAAAAAAUUUUUCUUAAAUUCAUAUCAGAUCAUGCAUUGGAGAUUAAGAAUCGCAAAAUAGAGAUUAGAAUUUAACCAAUCAAAACAAAGCAGGUUAAGAUUAAAGUUAUAUCUUUUAAAAAAAUUUUAAUCUCCAGUUUACAAUCCUCAAUCUUCAAUGUCUGAUUUGAUUUAUGGACUUUACGAU